AUGGCAUCAGAACUGCGGGACGACUGCACCAACAAGCUCGAUGUCGUACCACAUGGACACCAUGCUGGGCUGGUCAGCAAGGACAGUGCGAUAUACAUCAAGGCUAGGUGCAAAGAGUGUGAGCCGCCCGUGACUGUAGCGAGCUGGUGGGAGGGAUACGAGAAGAGCGAAGAAGGCAGUGAUGAUUGGAACGAGGAACUGGGCGAUUGGGCCGAUGAGUACUGA